AUGCCACUUGCCGAGGAGAACACCAUGCGGAACAGUCCUAGAGAGAAACCAUGCAAGGGCAAGAAGGAGAAAGAUUCUUUCAAGAAGAUUUCGACUUCUACCCCUACCAACAUCAUUCUCAGCCAAGAUGAAUCAAGACGUGAGCUUGCUAUAAUGGUUAUUCUACAUGACUAUCCAAUUUCAAUGGUUGAUUAUAUUGGAUUUAGAAGAUUUGUUACAAGUCUUCAACCUGCCUUCAACAUGAGUUCACAAAAUACUCUCAGGAAUGAUAUUUUCAAAAUUUAUGAAAGUGAAAAAGCUAAGCGUUAUUCAUUAUUGGAUAAGCUUAAGUGCCGGAUUGCAAUCACUACUGAUAUGUGGACAUCAAUCAACAGUAAAGGUUUUAUGGCAAUCACUGGUCAUUUUAUUGAUAACUCAUAG